AUGGACCCUAUCAUUGCUGCCGGUGUAGCACUGGUCACCGGUUCAGGCUCCGUUCUGCUGGCUAAAGACGGUGCAGGCAUCGGGCAGGAGAUUGCCCUCGGAUUCGCGCGCAAUGGCUGUCGAAAGUUCUUCCUGGCGGAUAUCGUGACUCCCGGCCUGGAAACAACCAAGAGUUUGAUCGAGCAGAUCCAGCCCGAAGCCAAAGUGGUCACACACAAGGCGGACGUCAGUAACGACUCCUCCGUCCAGGAAAUGAUAGAUACGUGCAUCAAGGAGUUUGGCCGUCUCGACUUUGCGUGCAACAAUGCCGGAAUCGCCAUGGGCAACACGUUAAGUGUCGAUGUGCCCGUCGCCACGUUUGACCGAGUCCACAACGUCAAUCUGAAAGGAAUCUUUCUCUGUCACAAGUAUGAAAUCGCAGCCAUGCUCAAACAGGAACCUCUGGCGGUACCAGGGGUACGAAAAGCCAGUCGCGGCUCUAUUGUCAACACCGCAUCUAUGGCCUCGCAUUCGGCAGUGUCACUAAUCGCCCCCUACACAAGCUCCAAACACGGGGUGCUCACCAUCACCCGCGAAGAUGCCCGGCAAUUCGGCAAGGACGGAAUUCGCAUCAACUGUGUCAGUCCCGGAUAUGUCGACACCCCCUUACUCCGUGGUUCAGGUCAUGGAGGUGAAUACGUCCGAGCAGCUGAAGAAGGCUCGCCCAUGAAACGCCUGGUUGACCCGGCCGAAGUAGCAGAUGGCGUGGUCUUCCUAUCGGGAUCUGCUGCUUCAGCUAUCACGGGGGUUAGUCUACCGGUGGACGGGGGCGCACUGUUGUACCAUAUGCCUUAA